AUGACUCGCGAAACGAUUGGUUGUGAAAGCCAGAGGUCUGGCAACGAUGACUUGAAAGAAUUCGAGCAAGCAGCUGCUAGUGCAGUCGAAGUGGAGCAAGUGCAUUGUAACUCAAUAUCAAAAGCACCCACGAUUUCUCAAAGAAAGGUGGGGUUUGUUGAAUUCUUGUUGCUGACGAUUUCAGUUCAUGGUAGUAGGCAUCGAAAUUAUCAGCAAGAGGGCUAUUACCGCAAGGGAGAGGAGCUAUGUAAAGCACCGAUGGCCAUAAGCGAGAUUCACGUCUGUAAUUUUGUACCAAAAAAGCAAGUAUUCGAAGUAAUCGUAGUGUCUAAUUGCGUUCUUUCCUUGUUGUCCUGGUUUCAUAAGCUUAGGCUGUUCGACAUAAACGAAUUUCUUUGCUUCAAACACAUAAAGAUUCUCGACGGAAUUUGCAUGGGAAUUGGAAGAGACUGCCACAUCGACUUUAAAUUUGCUCAGAUGUUUUAUCUAAGUUAUGCAAUAAGAGUAUUGAAAAUGAAAUCCGCCUUUGCUUUGAGUGGCUGA